UUUUCUAUCAUCAAUGCGAAGAUAAAUCAUUUUUAGAACAUAAAUUUCAUUUUGAUUUUACAAUCUCGUGUUAUUUACAAAGCCCAAGAAAAAUAAUUAACAAUAUAUAAAUUAAUUGUAAUAAUGCAUACUCUUCCAUUAUCUUUUGCCCUUUUAACUUACGUUGGUUUUUGGCGGCCAGUUAAUUGGUCACCGAAUUCUUUUAAAUAUUUACUAUAUAACAUUUAUACGAUUUUCAUGGUAUCCAUGCUUUAUGCAUUCACAUUUUGUGGAUUCAUGGACGCCUUGAUUGAUCAUAAUUUGGAUAAUUUACUUGAAAAAUUUUCAUUAUUUAUAUCCGUAAUCGGUGUGUGUAUCAAAGUGACGAACAUUUUAAUUAAUCGAAAGAAUAUUAUUUCUGUUACUAACAUGCUUUUAAAUGAGCAAUGCAUUCCUCGCGAUUCGAAGGAGUUGGCAAUUAAACAGAAAUUUGAUAAAAAUGCAAGGAUAAUUACAAUUUUUUGCGAAAUUUUGAACGAGGCAACCGUAUUCUUUGCAACAGUAGCACAAUUUGGUAAAUUCAUAGAAACUUGUACUUUACCAGUUGCCAAUUGGACACCAUACGAUCAUACCUCGAGUACUAUGCUUUGGAUAACUUUAUUUCAUCAAACCUUUGGUCUGAUGGUGUGUGCUAAUUCAAGUGUUGCUCAUGAGACUAUAAUAUCUGGGCUGAUGAUACAAAUAUGUUCACAAUUGGAAAUACUUUGUUAUCGGGCUAAAAUAUUACCAACGUUGCUAGAAAAAAAACAGAAACAUUGUUCAUCCGAAAAGGAUUUAAAGAAAAUCGAAAAUCGAGUUAUCGGUGAAUUGGUCGAAUAUCAUCUUUACGUUUAUAAAUUCACUCAAAAAGUCAACGACGUAUUCAAUUUGAUGAUAUUCAUGCAAUUUUCUUUAAGUUCGACCGUAUUGUGCAUGAGUGUUUAUAAAUUAUCGACUAAGGAUUUGAUAAGUUUUGAUUUUCUUUGGACAUUUUGUUAUCUCGCUUGUAUGCUCAUCCAAUUAUUUCUUUAUUGUUGGUAUGGUAACGAAGUUACAUUGAGGAGUAAAAAAAUUGGAGAUGCAUUUUACGGAAUGGAUUGGAUAUCAUUAAAAACAAGAGUAAUUAAAAGUUUAACUAUAAUAAUGGCAAGAACAACGAAGAGCAUUGAAAUGCAUAGUUUACACAUAGUUAAACUUUCAGCUAAAUCAUUUAUGACUAUAAUUAAAGUUUCGUAUUCUGCUUAUAAUGUUUUACAGACCUCAUCGGAAAGUAUUAUUUCUUUGUUCGAUAUGCUUCUCAAAGAUUUUUGUCUACCAAGGAAUUUGGAGGAACGAAAUGUACAAGGAAAAUUUGACGAGGACGCAAGGAGGAUCACAAUAUAUGUUGAAUUUUUAAACGAAGCAACAGUGAUAUUUGCUAUAAUAGAUGGCAUAAAGGGACAUGUACUCCCAUUUGGAAAUUGGACUCCUUACGAUCACUCAUCGGAAAUAAUGUUUUGGUUAUCAUUGAUAUAUCAAUCAAUUGCACUUUUGGUAGUAGCAAAUUCGAGUGUUGGACAUGAAACAAUAAUCUCUGGAUUGAUGAUACAAAUUUGUGCACAAUUUGAGAUAUUUAGUCAUCGAAUAAAAACAUUGCCAAUCUUUGCUACUAAAGUUAACAGCGUAUUUACGACGAUGAUCAUGUUGCAAUUUUCUAUAAGCUCGAUUGUACUAUGUUUGACCGUUUACAGGAUGUCCAAGGCAGAAAUCGCAAGCAUUGAAUUUAUUUGGGGAGUUUCUUACCUUGGUUCUAUGUUCAUGCAAAUAUUUCUCUAUUGUUGGUUCGGCAACGAAGUUAUAUUAAAGAGUAUGCAAAUCGGAGAUAUGUUUUAUGAAAUGGAUUGGACGUCAUUGGAAAAUGACAUAGUUAAAAUUAUUCCUAUAAUAAUGUUACGAUCUACAAAACCCAUUGAAAUGAGAAGUGGUUAUAUUAUAGUAUUGUCUGCUCAAUCAUUUACAAGCAUACUGAAUACAUCGUACUCGGCAUUUAACGUUUUGCAAAAUUCUUCAUAA